AAAUUAUCAACGUAACAGAAGGAAACAGAUUUAAAAUGAAUAAUCCUCGGAUGUCCUAAGCUCGACUUAUUUCUCGUUUCGGGAAUGCACGCAGAACUAAUAAUUUACAGUGACUUGCACAUUUACACAUAAAAGCUGGAUGAAAAUUCGCAGACUGGUAAAAAAAAAAAGAUAAGUGCUACUUUUCCAUACGUUUCAGUUUUAUAAGUGGCUUACAGUAUUCGUCGAAGACCUCUAGGAAGCAUGGUGUGAUGUUGUUCGCUAUUAUAACCAACAGUUAAAAACAUUCAAAGAGCUACGACCCCAAAAAAUUCAUUUAAUUUACCUGGAAGAGAUUGUCGGGAAGUAUGCCUACUGUACUUAUCUUUGGAUUCGGCGCCGUAGUUAUGCCGGAACAAAUGUCACUUCAAAUGUCUGCUGUGUAUGUGGGGCGGCAUGGCUUUUGUUGUAGUUAGAACUUCCCUGGCCUGACUUGUCGUGUGAGCGUAGUUUGUUGGAACGAAUUUGAAGUGGACGCGUCAGUACUUGCUGUGAGUGAUAUCAGUCAAAGGUCAAGUGCAUGAAGAAACGUAAGUGUCUCGGAGCUUGUGAGCUGUGUGACAGUCGUGUACAUUGUUGUUGCUAAAAUUAUUACAGAAUGGUUCAAAUAGAUCAGCAGAUAGCUAGUCUGCGAGCGAGGUUCCUACAGAAGCUAGAGAGCGAAGGAGCACCUGAUCCAGAUGGAUUCCAUGCUGCAGAUAUUUCUCGUGUGAAGAAUUCAGAUGAUUGGCUCAGGCGAUUCAUUGUACACAAUGAUAAUAAUGAAAAUGCUGCUUUUGACAUGUUGUGGGACACUUGUGACUGGAGAAAGAAGUAUGGGACUAAUGAUAUUGCUGACAUUGUUAAAAGGGACUACCUGGAAUGUGGGUUUGUAUACACUCAUGGAACAGAUGUUGAUGGAAGAUCCCUUCUAAUCUUCAACUGCAAGAAACAUGUUAAGGGCCAGGGAGACAAUGAAGAAUUAAAAAAAUGUGUUGUCUAUUGGAUGGAAAGGCUCCAGAGGCUUGAUAAAGGAAAACCUAUAAGUGUGUUUUUCGAUAUGACCGAGACGGGUUUAUCGAACUUGGAUAUGGAUCUUGUAAAGUACAUUAUCAUGCUCUUUAAAUCUUACUACCCAGAAUUCCUCAAUUACAUCAUUGUAUUUGAAAUGCCAUGGAUUUUAAAUGCUGCUUUUAAGAUAAUCAAAUCUUGGCUGCCAGCAAAAGCAGUUCAAAGUAUGAAAACGGUAAACAAAGCAUCAUUGAAGGAUGUGGUUCCACAAGAAUGUACCCUGAAAGCUUGGGGUGGCAUAGAUGAUUAUGAAUUUGUCUUUGUACCUGAGCAAAGGUCUCAACCACAUGAGAAGACAGAUGAAAAUAAAAAGAAGGUGCAUUUUGCUGAUGGUUCCCCCACAAAUGAAACGUUUUUAAGUGUUGGGGAUACACAGCAGAGGGCAGACAAUGCAAUAAGUUCUGCCCUUGUCAUAUCACCAGCAGAUACCAUAAAUUUUGCUUUUGAUGGAACAGAAUUGACAGGAAGUAUAACUUUAAUGAAUACUGACGAAGGAAUUAUAUCAUAUAAGGUAAAAACUACAUCACCUGAGAAGUUCAGAGUACGACCAAGUACUGGUACUUUGAUGCCUUCUGCUUCUGUGUCCAUCAGUAUCACAUUACAGCCUGGUUACCAAGCACAAGGAUUGUCAAGAGAGAAAUUCCUUAUUAUGAGUCUGCCAGUUGAGUCUAGUAACAUGAGUCCAACAGAAUUGGCUGAUCUGUGGAGGCAAGCUGCAGGAAAACCAGUGUGUCAGCACAGAUUAAAAUGCCACAUUCCAUCUUCAAGCGACUCGUCCGCUCGGAAUGGCUCUGCACUUACAUCAAAUACAAUGGAUAUUGAUCAACAAGUAAAACAAUUCUCAUCAAGUGUAUCUCAUCUGAGUGAGAGCCAGUUAAAGCUGUAUGCCGAGGUAAAGUUCCUGAAAAAAUUACAUAUUCUAUUGGUAAUUAUGGUGUUAUUUUUUGGAACACUUAUCACAUACCUUCUAACCCUUGAAAAACAAUAUGGGGGUCAGCACUGUUACAAACAGUAGAGUCUAAAAGUGUAAGGGUAAGUGUGUGUGUGUGUGUGUGUGUGUGUGUGUGUGUGUUUCACACAAUAAAAGUGAUUUGCCUCUGUAAAAAGAAAGAUAUUUACCUGUGUAAAAAUGUAAAUGUUUCACCAGUAUUUUUAUAAGCAGUUAGUAUUUUCUGUUUUCUCUAUUUUUGUGAAGUUUGUAUACCUGUGCUUCCAGUAUUGUCAUUUUUCAGAGAAAAUGUGAUUAGAAAAAAUGUAUCUAGUCAGUUCUGCCUCUCAAUAUCUCAGGCUAAUGUCAAAAUAAUAUAUUUAUAUCUUCAUUUUUAUAUUGUACAAAAUAUGAAAUGGGCACAAAUAUUUUAAGAAAAGAUCAAGCCCAGAAAAGGUGAUCAUUGUGAUUAUUUACUUUCCUUUUAGCAAUCUUAUUCCAUAGUGUUGCAGGAACUUCCUGAUACAGCUCACAUUUGUAAUAAUGUGUUUUUUUAUACAUUUUGUUUUUGCUGCAGCAGCAUGUCCAUGAUUUUGUUAAACUGCAUUUAAUACUUCUAACAAAAACAGUCUUACUUAUACUAAAGUUUUAAAAGUAUGUAAAGACUGAAUUUUUUAUUUCUGUUAUCUCUAAUGGUACAUUUAAGAUAAUUGCAAAAAUUUUUAAUACCAAUAUAAACAUGUUACACUAUGUAAAAUAUAAAAAAAAAAUGAGGAAAAUAUUUGGAUUAUAUGUAGCACUGAUUUUGUGUAUUGGACAUAAAAUUUUGAGUUAAAAAUA